AUGACCCGAGGUGAUCAUCGUAGAUCCGGAGGGCACGAUUAUCGUCGUCACACAUCUGGACAUAUACACUCAUCUGAUUCACAUCCACGUACAUUUAGCGGAGGUGCAACACAUAGUGAAGUUGGUGAAGGCGGUGUAGGCGGUCUUGUUGGUGAUAGUCACGGUGGUCAUUCAUUUGGUGGUCACGAACAAGGCGGAGUAAUGGAUGCUACAUUCAUCUGGAAAUUAACUAAGCUUGGAAGAAUUGGAUCAUCACGGCUACGAUUUGAUGAUGAUUUUGCUGAUAGGCUUAACUAUCAGUAUACUGGGGUAUUGAUGUUUCUUUUCAUUGGUCUUAUUGGAAUUCGACAAUAUGUUGGUAAACCUAUUCAAUGUUGGAUUCCACAAGAGUUUACACGUGGUUGGGAAGAAUAUGCUGAGAAUUAUUGCUGGGUAUCUAAUACUUAUUUUGCUCCAUUACAGCAUAGUUUACCUCCAGCCCCGGAUAGAGAGAUGUUACUUAUUGGUUACUAUCAAUGGGCACCAAUUGUAAUGGCUAUACAAGCUAUGUUAUUUUAUUUACCAUGUCUUAUAUGGCGUUUAUUUAUGGCUCAGUCGGGUUUCAACGUUAGACGUAUUCUACAAAUGUCAUGUGAUUCUAAUGUUCUACUACCAGAGCAUACAAUGAAAAAUGUACGCUUUAUAGCUCGUUAUAUGGAAGGUUGUAUUUAUAGACAAAGAGAUUAUAGGAAAAGAAAAUUAUCAACAGUUUUAGGAUUUUCUCCUACAAGUUACACUGGUCUUGGACAAUCACCUCAUAUACAUGUUCAUCAACACUAUUCACCCUCUUAUCCUCCUCAUCUUCAUCAACAACAACAACCACAUUCACAUAUGCACCAUCCCCCUCCACCACCACCACCUCAUUCACAUACCCAAUCACCACCAUAUAUGCCUACAAGUCAUUUUCAUCAGCAAUUAACAACAGUUAAUUCAAGACAAUCACCUAUAGGCGGUGAUGAAAAUCGUUACAACAAUGAUCAUCAAAUAGAAUCCACAUUGAUUACAUCACCACGUCGUGAUUCUAAUACAUCAUUAUUCGAUAAAAUUAGACAUAGUUUCUCUAUAGAUGAUAAUAAUAAAAAAAGUAAAAAACGAUUACCAUCUGUUACAGAAGAAGCUAAUACAUUAGUUACAACAAUGGAAACAUUAAAUUCUAGAAAUAGUGGUGAUUAUCAUCCAAUGCUUGGACGUUUAAAAAUUGAUGAUAGUCAUACUCAACAAAAUAUAACAACAAAUGUGAAUACAACAAAUUCAUAUCGUUCUAUUCAUACAUUAUCACCUACAUUAUAUAAAUCACAAGAAAAAUCAUCAUUAAAUUUACAUAAGAAACAACAUUUACAUUAUUGUUGUACAUGUUUUUGUGGUAAACGUCAGGGAAAUUUUUUAGUUCUCUUAUAUUUUUUCACUAAAUUCUUAUAUUUAACAAAUAUUAUUGGACAAUUAUUUAUGAUGGAAAAAUUUGUUGGUAAUGAUAGUACAUUUUAUGGAUUUCGUGUAUUAUAUGAUUUAUUAAAAGGACGUGAAUGGUUUCAUUCGGGUAAUUUUCCACGUGUAACAUUUUGUGAUUUUGAAGCGAAAAAACUUGGAAAAAAUCAUAAAUAUACUCUACAAUGUGUCCUUCCAUUGAAUAUGUUCCUAGAGAAAAUUUACAUAUUUCUAUGGUUUUGGCAUUGUUUAGUUGGUAUAAUUACAUUGAGUAGUUUUAUUAUUUGGUUCUAUCGUAUGGGAUCAUCAAAAUGUCGUAUCAAAUUCAUUCGAAAAUAUUUAAAAAUUAUGUCAGUUAUGCGUGAUACAGAUAAAGCGGCAACUAGUAAAUUUGUUGAAAAUUAUUUACGUCCAGAUGGUGUUUUUUUAAUACGUUUAAUAUCAAUAAAUGUUGGUGAUUUAAUGGCUGGUGAUUUAACUUGUGAAUUAUGGCAUAUUUAUCGACAUAAACGUUUACAUGAAACUAUGGAAGAACAAAAAUAUCUUGAUGCAUUUAGUAAUACACCAGGUGAUUAUUUGAUUAAUAAUAAUAAUAAUAACAAUAACAAUAAUAAUGGUUCCAGUUAUAUUGGUGAAACAAAUGAUUUAAUAUUAGGCACAACUAUACCAUCUUCAAGAUAUUCAAAUAAAAAUCAUUCACCAACUGCACCACCUAGUCAAAAUGCAAUCAUUAGUACAACUUCAAAUGUUACAGUAUCUGGAACAAAUAUCAAUAAUACAAUGAAUCAUAGUUCUAGUAAUAAUGAUGAUAGUAUUGUUUAA